CGCGGGCUCCUUCCGCCCGCCCCUCGGCUGCGGGCGGGUCCCGGGCAGAGCGGGGCUCCCUGCGGCCCCUUCCUCCCCCGCGGCCCUGUGCGGGGCCUAAGGUUGGUGUGAGGAACCGCUGUGCUUCACAGAGACCGUCCGGAGAGGCCGUGCGGGUUGGCUCCUGCUUGGAAUUGCCGGCAAGGGUCUGCAAGGGGCCCUUUUUUUUUUAAGUAUGGCUUUCCUGUUAAACACCAGGAAGAAGGAUGCCUGAGUGAGGUGGUUAGACACUGAAACAGGAGCCCGAAGGAGCUGUGAAAUCCCCAUCCUCCAAGAUGUUCAAAACGUGCCUGGAGUUAGGACCCUGAGCAGUCAGGUCUAAUGCUGAAGUUGGAUCAAGCUUUGAUGGUGGCUCUGGAUUUGGACCAGAUGACCACCAGAAGUUUCUUCCAACCUAAAUUGUUCUCAGAAGUUUAACGUGUAUUCCAGGCUAUUGUUAUAAAGAAGAUGUCUGGAGUAUCAGAACUAACAAAGCUUAUUUUCCAUUUGGCUUCUAUUGCAGGUACUCUAACAGCUCAUUCCAGUCUCCCGGUGUUUCUCUAAUGCUCUCCCUCACACCCGUUUGGUCUGUUUGGCAGCUAAAUGGAUUUCAAAACCUAUGUGGAUCAAGCUUGUAGAGCUGCAGAUGAAUUUGUCAAUAUUUAUUAUGAGACAAUGGAUAAAAGAAGAAGGGCUUUAACAAGACUUUAUUUGGACAAAGCAACGUUAGUUUGGAAUGGUAAUGCAGUGUCCGGGCAAGAAGAACUGAUAAAAUUUUUUGAAAUGUUGCCGUCUAGUGAAUUCCAGGUUAAUGUGUUGGACUGCCAGCCUGUUCACGAGCAAGCUACUCAAGGCCAGACAACAGUCCUCGUGGUGACGAGCGGGACAGUAAAGUUUGAUGGCGACAAGCAGCGCUACUUCAACCAGAACUUCCUGCUGACAGCACAGGCCACGCCGACCAACACCGUGUGGAAGAUCGCCAGUGACUGUUUCCGCUUCCAGGACUGGGCCAGUUAGUGAGGACUGGUGACGGGUGUAGGUGUGAGCUGGACGGACAGCUCUUCUCCACGCAGGGAAAACGCUCGCUCUUCGUGUUGCAUCUAUCAUUAUGGAAGGUCUGCAGAUGUUUCAGGGUUGGUCUCGAGGACCGUGGGUUUAGUAGUAAAGAGUCUUAAAAUGUGAGAGGUUGCUCAUGUUAGUUGAACCUAAUAAAAUGCUGAAGGCAGUGAGCUGCGUUGGAAUCAUUCCUAAAAUGCCUUACGUUUCGGCAGCGUAUGUGCUGCCACUUCCACACUUCUUGUAUGUGUAAUCCUGAAUGCUGAAACUCUGCUAUUUGAACACAAAAUCCUCUUCAUGUAAAAUUCUGACCAAACGUUAUUUUUUCAACUUUGAAAGAACUGUUUUUACAGUAGCAUCUUCCCUCUUUUGACAAAGAUGCUUGUGGCAUGUAGCUAGAAUUCUCAAAGCUGCCUACUCUUGGUUGUAAGAGGCUGGAAAGAAUUGACAAGUGAUUUCUACUGUUGGUGAAAGUAGCAAAACCAGCUCCUGUGUGUGUAAUCUCUCAAAUAAUCUAUUGGAAAGCUAAUGUUAACCUUCUCUGAUACAAAGUGACUGGAUAACGGCACCGCGUUUCCUUUUGGCUUUGAGCUUCUCAGACUUUGGUUGUAGUUAAUUUACAUUGAUUUGUACGUAGGGCACGGUGAGUGAUUCAGAGCUCCUGUGCCAACAACUCGUCACAUGCAUGUGAAGGACUUCAAACUGAUUAUUUUUCUUUUGAAGUCUUGCAGUGUAAGAAAUAGGUCAGUCACAUAAUUUCUGUUUGCUUUAACUGUUCAUUCUGUUGCUAUGAAGUUCAGACUAUUUUUCCCAUAUUCAGUCUGCAAGUUUUGAAUCCCUACUGUCUUUUCAGGAAACAUUGUAGUAAAAAAGUGGCACUGAAAGUGUGUAUUACUGUGAAACCUUCAAUUUUUCUCUUCAAUACUGUUAUCCAGAACAGGUGCUUUGAUUAUUUUGAACUUAGAAAAACAGCUCUGAACGCAAAUACCAUCUUCCUCUCAUGCAGGUUUUUACUGUAGUUUUCAUGUUCUUUUAAAAUAUUACCUUUAAUGAUUGAUUCUGGGGAUUUUUGUGUGUCUUGCUUUAAAUUUGCAGUUUAAAGCUUUUAGCUGCUUUAAUAUAGUUUUCAAGACUGCAGGUUCAGACGGCCCAUCUUAACGUGGGAACUUAAGAGUAAAUCUGCGUAUCAGCAGAUCUCUUUCAAACUGGUACAUUUCUAUUUUAAGCUGAGUUAAAAAAAAAAAAAGAAAAUUUACCUAUAUAUGUGAGACUAGACUUGCUUGUAACUGAAAAUACAUGGGAGAAACUUGUAACUGAUCUUAAUACAUGUUGUGAUGGCAGGAGCACCCUGAAUAAAGCAGUUACAGCUGCAGCUCACUUGUUUUUAUGAUUUAAAUUGUGAAAACUGUGAAAAUAAGCAAUAUCUAAUAUGUGUAAAACAUCUUAAAAUGUCUAUAGUUUGCAGUAUAACCCCACAAGUAAUGGGAUGUUUAGGUGAAGUGGGUUGGUUUAUUUCCUUUUAAGGCACUGUAGUCUUUACAUCAGUGAGUUAGAAUUGGUAACCUGUCUCUGUUCAGAAGCGUUUAUGGUCUGAACUAUGGUGUAACUUUUUUACAGCCUGAAGAAUAUAAAUUCCUGCAAAACAAUGCAAGAAAUCCAGAAUAUUUGAAAACUGUAAAAACUGUAAAUACAGUGUUAUUUCUGUAUGUAGUGCAGAAGGGAUUGCUCUAUUUAAUUACUGUUUAUUCUUAACAGAAUAUGCGAGGUUCAUAUAUUUGUAUUUCUUUACAAGUUUGAAAAGAAAACUUAACCCUAAGUUUGCCUGUUACUGAUACAGCAUUGUUGAACUCUGACACCCACGUGGUGAGCUUUUCUGGUUUUGUAAUUGGCCAUUGCUGAUGUAAGUAGUGUUACAGGUCUGCUUUGCAUAUGCUGAACAGGUUCUCAUUUUGAAAUGUGGUGAUGGGUGCAUUUGUAGCAUCUGCUUGUUGAACUUUGAAGGCAGAACACACACUUAUAUCUGUACCUGAUAAGCUUGUCCUGGGAAUAAAUACUUUCUUUUUUUUAUUCAAGUUUUAAUUUGUAUAGUAGUUUUUAAGCUUUUUCUAGGCAGAUUGGGAGAUUUAAAAUAUAGAGAGAACAUUUGAUUGAAUUGUCUCAGUUGAAGCAUUGAGACAAUGCUUCAAUCAGAUGUUACUUUUCUCACUGAUUUUCAUGCUAUUCAAAAGCAGGCUGCUUUUAAGUCUGACUUCUGCAAUUAAUGUUAAAAAAACCUCAACCAAACAACAGCAAAAAAGCCACCACCACCUGGAGCAUUACUUAGGAAGCUUACUAACUGGCCUAGCUGGUCAAACCCAGUUCAAACUCUUACUUUAGUAAGGUGUGUUGUUGGAAUCGGACUUGGUGUGCAUACAGGGGUUUUUGGAGAGAAAUUUAUUAGAGCAUAAUUGCUUCAGCCUAGGGAGAAGCACCAGUUACAUACUGCCUGUUUCCAUCAUCCUCAGUGCAGAUCACUUAGGGCGAUUCAGUACUACCCUGAUUAGCUGUUGCUUUUUAUAAUUAAAAAUGGUGUUUUACAAACUAUUUUUGUGGAUCAUACUAAGUGAUGAUGUAGCUGUUAGAGUAAGUAAACGAUUUUACAACUGAGUAAUUAAUGGCACAAACAAAAAAAUCUCUUGGACGCUAGCUGGAGAGGUAUGGGAUGCUGCAGCUCUGUGCUGCUUGGUAAAACUUCUGUGCUGAAGUUAGCAGAACAGAACAUACAAAUACUUUUUAUUCUCCUCAGUACAAAACCAUCUGGCUGGUUUAGCCUUCUCUGUUGCUGACUGCUGUAAUACCCAAAAUUUGCAAUGGGCAUGUAUAAGGUGAAUAUAUUUAGGCUCUAAACCGUAAACAGGAGUUAAUGCUACCAUUUUAUGCUGUUUUUUACCAAGUCACUCAUGUACAACAGUCAAACAAAGCCGCCUGAAGAGCUGAGGACUUCCACGUGUUGAAUUGUGGCUACUGCAGACAUGGUAGAUCUUCUCUUUUGUGUAUCUUCCCUAUAUUGUCUUUAUCGGUCUCUGUUUUUAUGUUGCUUUGUUCCUUUGGCAUACUACAGUUAAACUGACUUGCAGUACUUGUGCUGUUUCUUGGUGUGGAGAAAAGUGAUUUGUUCUGCUGGUUUUGAUACGCAUACGCUUCCUUAUCCCGAUUGGAGAAAAGCGCAUUGUAAAGAAAUGCUGUUUUAUCAGUAAAGUUUCCACAAUUGAAUAUAUUUUGUAAGUUUUUGAAAUUGUUUAAGACCUCUUGUAUGAUUAAUUUAAAAAAACCUCAAAAACCUA